CUUUCCUGAACAGGUCGGUAAGCAUAGGCUCGUUCAAAUGUACAUUGAAAAAAAAGCUCCCGCUCUGAGCCCUGAUUGGCUGAGCCCGUGACAGUGGUCCGCGCUGAUUGGCUGCCAGGGGAAUUAAAGAGCUGGGGGAAGAGGCAGAAGCUUGGAAGGAGCGGAGUUUGAAUGAACAGGAAGGUGGGCCGCAGAAGUUGUCGCUGGAGCUGUAGCUGAGUGAGAUGGCUGAUGAGAAAGAAGUAAACAUGCAGAUUACUCCAGAGACUCCUGGGCAACUUAGGAUCUAUAACCCCUUUGAAAGUCCGAGUGAUUAUAGCCACCUACAGGAGCCCAUUGUGUCCAGCCCAACAGUUUUUAAAUCCACAAAAUCAGCGACUCCUGGGAAAUUCAGAUGGUCUAUAGAUAAGCUUGCUUUAAUCAAUCCUGUGGAAAUUGACUCUGAAGAAAUAUGUCGUCAAGCACUGUAUUUAAGUCAAGCCAGAAUAGAUGCAGAGAUGGAAGAAAAAAGACAAAAAGCAAUCGAAGAGUUCUUUACUAAAAGCGUCAUUGUUCCAUCUCCAUGGAUAGAUCACAGUGGGAAACAGGUUUCUCAACUUAAUUCAACGAACUGUAUGGACAUAAACUAUUCAUCACCAAUUGGCAGAGAGAUAGCUGUGCAACCUGGAAAAAGUAACGCUUCUUGCCAGACCUUAUUGUCUCUGCCUGUAGAUUUUGACAUCGAAAAAAUAUUAGGUGAACAUUUUAAGGUGGAUGAAUUAGCCGAUCAAUCUCAAGAAAGCCUGAGUUCUUCCUCAUUGAGAAGAAAGCUCUUUUUAGAUGAGGAUGGGAGCCUCUCCUCUGGGAACACAUCCCCUGCUCCUCAUAGUCCGCACAAUGUUCCAGCCUCCCUUGGAGUACUGUAUUCAAUAGACAUCUCUCCAGUCCGCUGUAGAAGUCCACUAAAUACUUCAAGCUCGGGCCAGUUUUCCUCCAGCCCUAUUCAGGGAGGUAAGAGGACCUACAGUCUGGGAAGCCUAUCCAGCCCUUCGUUCCUAGAGAGAAAUCUGGCAAAUUGUGCUUCUCCAACUGUCUCUCCAAUUAGUAUUCAGAUAAGAAAGACACCACUAUCAGAACAAAAACACCUCACUUUUCGGUCUCCGGAUGUGCCUUCUGUUUCGAAUGUAUUCCGACCAGCUCCUUGUGGUACCAGGAGUUCUUUUGCAGAAUGUUCUCCAUUAGAACAUUUUUCCCCCAUGAGAACUGUGACAUGUCGAGGAGGCAAAGUGUAUCAGACCUCCCUCACUCGCUUGCCUUCUACUCCUGAAAGCCCCAGUGAAAAGCAGGAGGAAGAGGUGGAUGAGGCCACAGCAAAUGUUUUGCCUGAAGAAAAUCCAUCCCCAGUACGGGCAAAAAGCAACCUGCACCAAUUGAAUGGAGAUGUCUCUACACAUGGCACCCAUUUGGUGGUUGCCAGAGUGGCCCUUUCACCAGACCAUUCUGAAGAAAACAGACAGGAGUUUGCAAUGAUCAAUGAUCUCCACAAUUUAAAGGAAAGCCAUACGGUGGAUAUGUAUGAUCCAGACGAGAUCUUGGAUGAGAACUCAGUAAAAGGAUUAGCUGAAAAUAAUGGCAUGACAAUCACUGGCUUGAACUUUGAAGGUUCUUGCAUCUGUAUGUCUCCUAUUGCUGAAAGCAGUGUCACUCCCUGUGAGAACAGUAGCCUCCAGGUGGAUAGUGGUUACAAUGGCCAGACUUGUUCCAGUAGUCUUAUGGACACAGUUGGAGCGGAGACCAGUUGCAAAGAAAACGACAUGCAUCUUUGCGAGAGUCACAACAAUUCCCAUUUUUUCAGAGCAAAGCAUGGAAAAGCCCUUCCUAGAUACUGGACUGAAAAUGAGUCUGCUUAUCAAUCCAGUAGCAGUCUUCUAGAAACGCAUUUCUCAAAGUGAUCUGCUUGUGGCAUGAUUAAUGUGUGAAGAACUGCACGGUGGAGCUGAAGUGAGGACUGAAAAACAUGUGAAAGGUGUGAUUGGUGCAAUUGCUCUCUAGGAGCAGAAAAGCCAUUGGCAAAUAAGUAACGUUUAAAAUGGAAAUGAACAACGAAACCUCCUAGGUCUUUGACCCUAGUACUUCUCAUGGAAAAAAACGUUGCUUUUGGUUUGCUGCCCCUGGGAUUAAGACUUGCACAAAAAGGGACAGCCAUCUUUGGGCAAAUUGUGGUAGUUGCACACACAUUUUCCAGAUAUGCAGACUGAUAAUGCCAACUCAUAAGCUCCAGAUAGGUUUUCUUGGCUGCUACUACUCAUUUGACCUAGACAUCCACAUUUUACAGAAUUGUAGUGACAUACAAUUUGCUGAUCCUGUUUUCCAUGAAAAUAAUUAGUGUUACAGACACUUUCUCCCUUUCAAAACUUAUGUCAAGAAGAUUGUACGAAGAAGCAAAAUACUUAAGAUACACUGCACUGGUUUUAAACAUUUGUCCUUUUCUUUUUAAAAGAAAUUUUAAUAUUUAAUAGAAUAAUACAGAUCUUGCAACGGCUGUUUUUUAUUAUCACUGAACCUAGAAAGCAUAAUUCUUUAAUGGACACCUUUUUACCACACUUCAUUGUAAGUCCUAACCACCUUUUAAAAUUAUGGAAUGAAACUUGAUCAGCGCAAUAAAGACUUCUCACAAA